AGUGAACCUUUAUAUGUUCCUGUAAAGUUUCAUGAUUUGCCAACUGAAAAAAAUGGCACUAAUAAUAGUGAUGCAGAGAAAACUCCCAAAAAACCUCGUGUAAGGUUCAGUAAUAUUAUGGAGAUUCGACAACUCCCAUCGAGCCAUGCAUUGGAAGCAAAGUUGUCUCGGAUGUCAUAUCCAACAGUUAAGGAGCAGGAAUCAAUAUUAAAAACUGUAGGAAAACUCACCGCAACUCAAGUAGCAAAAAUUAGCUUUUUCUUUUGCUUUGUGUGGUUCUUGGCAAAUUUCUCUUACCAAGAAGCUCUGUCAGAUACCCAAGUUGCCAUAGUUAAUAUCUUGUCUUCAACCUCUGGGCUUUUUACAUUAAUCUUAGCUGCAGUCUUUCCCAGUAACAGUGGAGAUAGGUUUACCCUGUCCAAAUUAUUAGCUGUUAUUUUAAGCAUUGGUGGUGUGGUACUUGUUAACCUUUCUGGAUCUGAGAAAUCUGCUGGAAAAGAUACAAUAGGCUCCCUUUGGUCUCUUGUAGGAGCAAUGCUUUAUGCCGUGUACAUAGUAAUGAUAAAAAGGAAAGUAGAUAGAGAAGAUAAACUUGACAUACCAAUGUUCUUUGGUUUUGUAGGGUUGUUUAAUCUGUUGCUGCUGUGGCCAGGGUUUUUCCUGCUUCACUAUACUGGGUUUGAAGCAUUUGAGUUUCCCAGUAAACUGAUAUGGAUGUGCAUUGUCAUUAAUGGCCUUAUCGGAACAGUUCUGUCAGAGUUCCUCUGGCUGUG